AUGGGUCUAGUACGCCUGGUAUUUCUACUUGGUAGUUUUGUUUCAGUUUCACAUGGAGCUUCACAGUGUAAGUAUUAGUUUUAAAAUGACAAUUUGAUUCUUCAUAUUAUGAAGAAAUACAGAAUAAUUUUAAAAUGUACUAUACUGUACUAUGUACUAUUUCCAGACGUACGCUGCUUCCACAGAACUGAACGACGGUCGAUUGACAAUUCUCAACCUAUCAUUGAAGUAUUUUCUGUUUCACCUCAUCAAUGUUUAGAUCAGUGUAUUUUGAGCAGUAACAAUGCUGUUAAAGUAAGUUAUUGUUAUAAGUAAUAAGCUAUAUGAAGUGUUUGAGUAGUUUUUCUAUAAUUUAUUAGUAAAAUUAUAUGUAUAUGUAUAUACGACAUACAAGUAUUUAUAAAAUAAAGUAAAACUUUAAAAUUAAAUACACAUUUCAUCGUAUAACAUGUCUUUCGCAGCCUGCAAAGCUUGAAAAAUGGCUAAAAUGACGUUUUUUAAAAUCAAAAUUCAGUUCAAUAAACAAAUAAUGAUUACUUCAGGUAGGACUAUGUAAAUCAGUAGUAUACGACCAUUUUCAACACAGUUGUCGUCUAUACGAUCAUGAUGGUACUAAAGUCCCAGCUAUAACCCAUCCAGCCGUUGGAUAUGAUCUUUAUGUCAGGACGGCUAUUACACAGGAAUGUGGAGGUAACAUACGUUGCAUUUUAAAAUUAUUGCUACAAAAUAUUGGGUUGUACUGCCACUUAGCACAUAUACGUUUACUUUAGUAGCAUUUAUUAGGUGUCACUAAAGUCUUGUUGUCUUUUACUGUGAAGGUCAGUGUAAAUUAACAGCAAGACUUUUGUUAUAGUCGUUAUGCCAUUAUAAAAUGACAUAUUAAAGUAAAAUACUGUAAUACUUAGCUAUUUUAGCUACAUAGUGGUUAGUACUAUCAUAUGUAGACCGGCAUAAAAGUUUUGUCGUUUUUCACGAAAACCAGUGUAAAUCGACGACAAGACUUUUGUAUUUCCUUUAUUUAACCUGUAGUUUUAAAGCACGUAUAUAUAUGAUUAAUUACUAAGUAGUUCAACCAUCUAUAACUCAAGAGUACUAUAUAGCACCACGUACUUCCAGGUCCAAUGUUUCGAUUCUUCCGCGACAGCGCUCUGAAGCCACGUGGACCAGAAGAUCUCAUAGACAAUAUCGAAACCAAAAAGGUUGCCAAAAGCCCACCAGAUGGUAGUAUAGUGAUCAAUAAGGAAGUGAAUGGAGGUACAGUUCAAGAAGUCAUUGAAAAUCCAGGAAAUCCAUUUUCUAAUAGGGUUAAUCCGGUUAUAUCUACCACUACAGCCGCUACUGUAACUCAAAAGAGCUUGGAUGAUGAGGAAAGUGAUUUUGAAGGUAGGUCAGGGAAUGGCAGGGUAUAUAGGUCAAAAUAGGGUAGGAUAGGGUAGGGUAGGGUAGGGUAGGGUAGGGAAGGGUAAGAUCAAGUAGUAAAGUAAAAAGUUAAGGUAAAAAGUCUUGUCGUUUUUAGCCACGUAAUACAAUAUAAAUUAACGACAAGACUUUGUUUAAAGGUUAGUAGUAUAUAGUACUUUAAUUAUUUUUUUUAAUUCUUAACUGUUACAUCAAAAAAAAAUAAAAAUUUAACUUUUUAGGCUGGACCCAAUCAGCAUCACGUCAACGUGACAUAGAACUGAAUGCUGAUUCCUUCUUUGAUUCUCCAAAGACGGUCAAAAAGUCAUCUAAGACUGUUGACGUUCCCAAAACCGACUUCCAAUCCGACGACUAUGACGUGAUUACUGAAGAAGAAGCUACACGAAACGAUGUAGCCAAGACUACAAGAACACCAGAAGUACAUAGUCAUGAUAACAUUGAAAAUGGCAGAGAUUCUGAAGGCUUGGACAGUGAUGACAAUGCCAAAAGUAAUGGUGACGAUGACAAAAAUGAUAAUAGUGAUAAAAAUGAUUAUGGUAAUGAUAACAAAGAUGAUGACAAAGAAGAAAAUACCAACUCAAUUCACAAACACAAAGUACCUCAGCCACUAACCCCACCUCCUCCAGGAUCGGCCGGUCGAGAAGCCAUAGUUAAUAUCCUGGCAGGUCAGCUAAAUCAAUUUUUGGGCAUGGACAAGCUCAUAGCAUCUACCACACCCACACCUACUACAACAAGACCCAAACAGAUCGUAUGUCCAACUUCUCUAGGGUAUUACGUGGUAGCUGGUAAUGAAAUGGUACUGCCAGCUGCUCCACAACCAGGUCAAGUGCACAUCUUUGAAGGCGUGGGUCAGCCAAUGUGUGGACAACUUUGCAGUACUAAUAGGGUGAGUAUUUUGGCUUGGCUUAACUUGGCCUAGCUUUGCUGAGCUUGCCUGUCUUGCCUUGCCUUGCCUUGCCUUGCCUUGCCUUGCCUUGCCUUGCCUUGCCUUGCCUUGCCUUGCCUUGCCUUGCCUUGCCUUGCCUUGCCUUGCCUUGCCUUGCCUUGCCUUGCCUUGCCUUGCCUUGCCUUGCCUUGCCUUGCCUUGCCUUGCCUUGCCUUGCCUUGCCUUGCCUUGCCUUGCCUUACCUUGCCUUGCCUUGCCUUAAGCUUGUGGUAUCCUUGUCAUAUUGCAUACUAUUAUAUUGCGGCUACGUAUUUUACUCGCAAAACAAAGUUUACCGUUUUAUUUUAAAGCACAUAUAAGCAUAAUAUAUAGUUUUUAUUUUAGGGCCCUAAAGGAGAGUCACUUCAAUGUGCAUCUAUUAAUUAUCAUCAUGAGACUAAGAGAUGUGAACUCUACUCAGUAUUGGCUGAACCACAUGGUCCUGGGGCUUUGUUAGAGAACAGUCAUGUCAUCUACUCUGAAAAGUUUUGUCUGCCAGGUAAUAUACAUGAGCAAAAAUGGCGUAUUUUACAAAAUAUUGACGAGGUCAAAAGUCUUGUCGCCAUUUUACAUGUAUUUAUGUAGAAAAAAACGACAAGACUUUUUUGAUUGAUUUGUAUAACUUGACAUAGUACUGUAACUUCAAAGAUAAUACUUCUUUGACUUUCAGUUGUAGUAAAAGUCGCAGAAGUUGUAGUAAAAGUUGCAGCAGUUGCAGCACUCAAAAACUAUUGCUGUACCUACUACAAUAUAAACUCAAAAAUUUUUUUAGUCGUUGACUAUUGUAUUAUUUAUUACAGCCCACCACGGUAAAUGUCUCGACGAUGACAUUUUCAUACUUCAUGCUCAAAAACAAGUACGAGGACAUGUGGUACAACAAACUGCUGCCUAUUCGAUCGCUCAGUGUUUGCAGGCCUGUUUGAAUACUCCAAACUGUAAAGUAAGUCAUUUUUCAUGUUUUGUUUUAAGUAAAAUUUGCUGAAUAUUAACGUAGUAAGACAUAUUUUGCUAUAAUUAGCUAAAAAAGGCAGUUUUUGGGUUCUGCAGGCUGCGGAAGACAUGUUGUACGAUGAAACGUGUUAUUAUGGCUAAUAAUAACACGUUUUAGAUUUUAGGUUUAAUAUAUACUGUAAGUCUGUAGAAUGUUUGUAUGUUUAUUAAUAUUUGAGUAUUAUUUAUUUAAAAAAAGUAUAUAUUUCGUCGUAUAACAUGUCACCUGCAGCCUGCAACCUUUUAAAAACGCUGUUUUUAAGCAAAAACAGCAAAAAUAUCAAAAAUACAGUAACCGUAGAUACUUAUGGACCUUAGAUACGUAUAUAUUUCACAAACACAUACUAUUACAAAUGUCAUUUUCAGUCAGCAACCUUAGUAUCGACCUCAGCUCGAUGCCUACUAACCUCAGAUGACGUCACAGCCAACCCAAUGGUACUAUACCCAGCCGACUCUGGUACUGUAGUCGUGGAAAACGGCUGUAAUGGCUAUAACCGUGCUGUUUACAAACCAAAUGUUCUUGUGUCAUCCGUUGUUGCUCCACCACCACCUCCAGUUGCACCACCAGCUCCCGAACUACCGUGGUCAGAGUGGUCGGAGUGCCGCUACAAGGUCGGUGCUGGAGAGAUCGUGAGGAUAAGAAGUCGAGCAAAUGGAAAACUACAGCUUCAGAAGUGUGGAAAUUAA